AUGGUGCAACCAAGAGGGUUGGAGGAGGUGGUGGGGGAGGUGGCGGAUGGGAACAAGGCGGUCGUGCUUGUGGCGGCCACUCACCACUAUGCCUCCAUGCUGCUCAGCUUCGCUUGCAUGCUACGUCGUCUCUCAGUGCCCAACCUACUGGUAGCAGCCCUCGACCCCACCGCCUACCGCAUCGCUCUCCUGCACGGCCUCCCUGUCUUCUACAACAACACCACUGCUGCAGCAGCACUACCAGCAGGGGCACAAGGAUCAAAUGGAGCAGAGGGAGCAGGGCCAGAGGCGUGUCCCUUCAACAGCCACUGCUUCCGGCACUACACCAAGCUCAAGAGCCGCGCCGUGCUGCGCGUGCUGCGGCUGGGCUAUGCGGUGCUGUGGAGCGAUGUGGACGUGGUGUGGUUUGAUAACCCGCUGCCGCUGCUGAGGCAGAAUGGAGAAGGAGUGCUGGCGAUACAGAGCAACGAGCCUGACCCCUCGCUCCCAGCCAACUCUAUCCGCCGCAUCAACAGUGGCUUCUACCUCGCUCGCCCCGACCCCCUCACCGUUGCUGCUCUCACUGCCGUUGUAAAGCAUGCGGCACACUCACGGAUCGCGGCGGAGGUGCGACUAGACGCCGCGUUGCAGCGACUCCGCGCGCUCGACUCGAGCGUGCGACCGUCGUCCAUCGUCGCCGUCGGCGACGCCCUCCCCAUUGGCGCCGAUGCAUCCUUCCUCAGGGGGCACGGCACGAGGGAGGGCGAGGAGGGGCAGGUGUGCGCGACGGUGUGCGGAGUGGUGAAGCGCAUCAACCGCCUGCUCUCCGUGCAACCUCUCAAAACCUGGUACGUGGCGCAGACAGGAGACGUGGUGGUGGGGCGCGUGACAGAGCUCGCACCUAAGCGCUGGAAGCUGGCUGUGGGGUCGGCGCAUGAAGCCCAGCUCAUGCUCUCCGCCAUUAACCUGCCGGGGGGAGCGCAGAGGCGGCGCACAGCAGUGGAUGAGUUGAACAUGAGGAACAUAUACGUGGAGGGGGACCUGGUCACGGCAGAGGUACAGAGUGUGUUCCACGAUGGCUCGGUCGUACUGCACACCCGCAGCGAUAAAUACGGCAAGUUGUCAGGAGGUCUGCUCGUGCACGUCCCCCCGUACCUCGUGAGGCGUCUCAAGCAACAUUUCCACAUGCUCUCGCCCACCGGCCCACUCCUUGUCUUUGGCUGCAACGGCUGGUUAUGGGUUGGACAACCACCUCCCUCCACCACCUCAUCUGGCUCGCCCGGGACCCAGGGUGAAGGCGCUAGCGGGGGUUCUGAUGGUAGUGGUGGCGGAAAAGGUGCGGCUGAGACGGUUGUGGGCGUGGAGGAGCGGGAGAGGAUUUGUCGAGUGGCGGCGGCGAUUCGGGCGCUCGAGAGGGGGGGGUUGGCGGUGGAUCCGCCGGCUCUGGCGAGAGUGAUCGAGUGGAGUGUUGCGAUGGGCGUGUCGGUUGCGGAAAUGGGCGAUGAGGAUUUUAUUGCGACUGUUGUGGAAAAGGAGGUGGAGAAGAGGGAGGCCGAUGCAGCAGAAGGGAGCUGA